UUUAGUUCACAAUUUAGAUGCACAGGUAACACAUCUUUGUGAGAUUUUCUUAAGCAUAUCUAUGUUUAAAAGAUAAAACGUAACAUGUUGAAAUAAUCUAGGUUACAAUUUGGAAAGCAUUGACUUUUGGACGUUUUAAAUUUCCUGUACCAUGUCCUAUGUCUCUCAGACUAACAUCUCUGUUGAGCUGCAAUAUCAGGAGUUUCUGGAAAGAGUGAUCACUUUCACUUUAUGCACAAUCCCAUCCUGUGUGUUUCUCUUCAUUAAUGGAACCAUGUUGUUCACUUUAAGGAGUAAAUCUGUUUUUUGUGACACCUGUCGUUAUAUUCUCCUGUUUAACCUCCUAAUAGCAGAUACUGCACAGUUAGCAGUAUGUCAAGUUCUGUUUCUACUUUCUGUUUGUCGAAUUACACUAACAUAUCCGGUUUGUGGMAUGCUAACUGUUUUUGCAAAUAUCACAAAUGUAAUCUCUCCUCUAACGCUGAUGGUGAUGUCUCUGGAGCAGUAUGUAGCUGUCUGCCUCCCUUUGAGRCAUGCUAUGAUCGUCACCAUCAGAAACACGAGACUGGCAAUUAUUGCAGUUUGGACUUCCAGUUCAUUACAUAAUAUUUUUCGUGUUAUAUUGCUGUUGRAUUUUCCUUUUAAAGACCUAGAUAGUCUACAAAUGACAAAUUUAUGCAAUGAAUUCAAUAUGCUGCUUGGAUCGAGGUCUAAAAUGUAUGAUAAUGCUUUCACUGGGCUCCUGUUUGCUUCAGCAGCCAUGGCAAUCAUUUCUUCCUACGUUGGUGUAAUAAUAGCAGCCAGGUCAGCAUCUACAGGAAAAGCUUCAGCCUUGAAGGCUCGUAAAACACUGAUGCUACAUUUGGUGCAAUUAUGCCUCAGUUUGUCCUCAACUAUUUACAACCCAAUGCUUAUAGCUCUUAUAAAAAUAGUUCAAACUGUUGUGUUUAUACGGUUACAUAAAUUUCUGUAUAUAUUAAUGAUUAUAUUCCCCAGAUGCUUGAGUUCUUUAAUUUAUGGUCUUAGAGAUCAUACUAUCAGAUCUAUGCUUUUGGGCCAUCUAGACUGUCAACUAAAACAUAAAGCUGUUGCAGUCAGUGGUUGAAAAGUUUAGCUUUUGUCAAGGUCUUCAUGAAYGAAUGAAUGAAUGUAUGAUGUACAGUUUUCAUAUCUCAAAUGUAGGAACAAUUAUGUUAAAAGGUUUUUAAGA